UAAACAGCAGCAGUGGGAGCAGUGGUGCGCUGAACGUAUAGCGCGUGUACCUUCGAACUAUAGGGUAGGGGGCGUGUCCCUGCAGUGCUAUACAAGGACCCUCCAUUACAGGCAAGCUGACAAGCACACCGGGCGACUUCAGCAAGGGAUCGCUUCGCAGUUUUUAUAGAACAACAGUUAUUUACUUUCCCUGCCGAACGGCGUCUGCGAAAAGCCGGCGUGCAUCUCCCUGUGCUCAACCUGCCUGCAAAACUCCUUGGCGUCGCACGGAGCUAGAGAACAGGGAAUCAGCUGCAGAUUGUUUUAUUAUCGAGAUCCUCCGCGCGACAAGGGGGAGGAGACAGACUGUCCUAGCCUACAGAAGCCCGUGCGACCGCAGGAACGCAACAGCAGCGAACAUGGCGGCCUCCCUGUUAAGGAUCGGACGGCUCGGAGCACUGAAGUGUGUCCAGCUCGAGAGUUGGGCAUCUCUGAGAAGGGCUCCGGCGGCUGCUUUCAGCUCCAAGUCUGGGGACAAGAAGAAUUCCAAGAAAAAGUCAACAGAAGUCACUCCGCAGACCUACUUCGAUCUAGAGAAGAUGGUCCAGCACAGAACUCUCGUGGACUUCCCCAAGAAGGAGACGGUAGUGGCAGCGGCCGAAGCAGCAGUGAAGUCACCAGUGUCCGAGCCACCCGCUGAGGCCACAGCCCCUGCUGCUAAACCAACUGCUGCCGAACCUGCAUCUGAACCUGCUACCCCCAUAGCUGAAACAGUUCCAGAGGCAGCACCUGUAGCAGAAGCCCCUGCCCCAGUGGUUGAAGCUGCCCCAGUGGUUGAAGCUGUUGCAGAAGCCCCUGCCCCAGUGGUUGAAGCUGUUGCAGAAGCUGCCCCAGUGGUUGAAGCAAUCACAGAAGCUGCCCCAGUGGUUGAAGCUGUUGCAGAAGCUGCCCCAGUGGUUGAAGCAGUCGCUGAAGCUGCCCCAGUCGCAGAAGCUGCCCCAGUGGUUGAGGCAGUCACAGAAGCUGCCCCAGUGGUUGAGGCAGUCACAGAAGCUGCCCCAGUGGUUGAGGCAGUCACAGAAGCUGCCCCAGUGGUUGAGGCAGUCGCAGAAGCUGCCCCAGUGGUUGAGGCAGUCGCAGAAGCUGUUGCCCCAGUGGUUGAAGCUGUUGCAGAAGCUGCCCCAGUCGCUGAAACGGCCCCAGUGGCUGAAGCUGCUGCCCCAGUCGCAGAAGCAAAACCAGUCGCUGAAGCUGCCCCAGUGGUUGAAGCAGAAGCAGUCGCUGAAGCUGCCCCAGUCGCAGAAGCUGCCCCAGUGGUUGAAGCAGUCGCUGAAGCUGCCCCAGUCGCAGAAGCUGCCCCAGUGGUUGAAGCUGUUGCAGAAGCUGCUGCCCCAGUGGUUGAAGUAGUCACAGAAGCUGCCCCAGUGGCAGAGGCUGUUGCAGAAGCUGCCCCAGUGGUUGAGGCAGAAGCUCCAGUUGUUGAAGCAGAAGCUCCAGUUGUUGAAGCUGCUCCUGCAGCAGAAGCCCCAGUUGUUGAAGCUGCUCCUGCAGCAGAAGCCCCAGUUGUUGAAGCUGCCCCUGUUGCUGAGGCAGAACCUCCAGUUGUUGAAGCAGAAGCCCCAGUUGUGGAAGCUGCCCCUGUUGCUGAGGCAGAAGCCCAAGUUGUGGAAGCUGCCCCUGUUGCUGAGGCAGAAGCCCAAGUUGUGGAAGCUGCCCCUGUAGCAGAAGCCCCUGUAGCUGAGGCUGCUGCGGAAGUGGUUGCAGAAGCGGUUGCAGAAGCGGUUGCAGAAGCGGUUGCAGAAGCGGUGGAAGCCCCAGUAGAGGCAGUGGCACAAGCGGUGGCUGAGGCGGUGGUUGAAGCGGUGGCUGAGGCGGUGGUUGAAGCAGCAGCUGAAGUGGUGGCUGAGGUACCUGCCGAAGCCUCCCCAGCUGCAGAGGAGCUUGUGGACGCCGCUGCAGAUGUGGGGAUGGACCCAAUUCAGAAGCUCUUCCUAGACUCCAUUCGUCAGUAUUCUUCACAGAGCCAGGCCUCUGGUGAGAUGGUGGACGCGGGCCCAGAGUACCAGAAGGCGCUGGCAGACGAGGUGGCCAAACUGCAGCGCCUCUACGGGGGUGGCGACCUGGACGCUUUCCCAGAAUUCACUUUCCAAGAGCCCAAGUUUGAUGAAGUAGCUGCCAAGUAAACAACAGCAUUGUCCUCCUCCUCCUCCUCCUCCUCCUCCUCCUCUUCUGCCCCAAACCCAGGACUGUACUGUCUCUGUCUCAGAGGACCUGUUAGUUUCAUUUCUAUGUGAGAACCUGAUGGCCUUUUAGCCAAGAACUCUUUAACAGACAAACACAUUCACACUCUGAUGAAGGAACAGGAGGCCUUUUAUCAGUAGCCAUAGCGCACACACAUACACACACACACACACACAUACACACACAUACGAGCACACACACACUUGUGUAAAUGUGAUGGCCUUGUUGCUUGUUAAGGGAAUUGCUGCAAGCAGGUAGGGCUGUUUGCCCCUGACUGCAGCCUCAGUGAAGUGCCACCAGAUGGCGCCCUUGGGGAUGUCUGGAUUAAAGCAGGAAAUAAAGUCUACUGUCUGGAUAUGAAAUGUCUGUAUGGAAAUAAAGUCUACUGUGAGCCACUC